UGAAUAUACAUUAAAAUCCUCAUUCUUCAGGUGUUUCUAUGUUUCGAGUCUUUCAGGAAACAGGAGAACAGAUGUUGUUUGUUUAUUCCUCUCGGUUUAGCUUCAAGUGAAUCUGCGAGAGACACGAGAAGCUGUGCUGUGUGAAAAGAGGAGGAAGAGGAAGAAGAGGAAGAAGAAAUCAAACCAUGUGACCCGUUGUUCUCCUUUAUCAUAGAGCAGGAAAAUCUCUCCGCUCAGACGCGACGAUGAAGACUCAGAACAAACAAGGGCUGAUGCUGGCGAGCCUGCUGCUCGUGGGCCUGUGUGUCCAGGCCGCUGCCGUGUUGGACAGCAGACUGGACGUCCACUGGGAGCUGUGGAAGAAGACUCAUGGGAAGUCGUAUCCAGAUGAGGUGGAGGAUGUGCGCCGCCGGGAAUUGUGGGAGGAGAACCUGAUGCUCAUCAACAUGCACAACCUGGAGGUCUCGAUGGGGCUUCACACCUACGACCUGAGUAUGAACUUCAUGGGAGACCUGACAACAGAGGAGAUCAUGCAGUCGUACGCCACGCUCGUUCCACCUGCCCACAUCCAGAGGGCGCCAUCUCCUUUCGAGGGCACGUCAGGUGUUGACCUUCCAGACUCAGUGGACUGGAGACGCCAAGGCUUCGUCACCAGCGUCAAAAACCAGGGUUCAUGUGGCUCCUGCUGGGCCUUCAGUGCUGCAGGGGCCCUCGAGGGCCAGUUGGCCAAGACCAGAGGGAAGCUGGUGGACCUCAGCCCCCAGAACCUGGUGGACUGUUCUAGUAAAUACGGCAACAAAGGCUGCAACGGGGGCUACAUGACCCAGGCCUUCCAGUACGUGAUCGACAACCAGGGCAUCGACUCAGAGGCCUCGUACCCGUACAGAGGACAGGAUCAGCAGUGCCGCUACAGCCCCUCCUACCGAGCCGCCAACUGCUCCAAGUUCGGCGUCCUGCCUCAAGGCGACGAGGGGGCUCUGAAGCAGGCGCUCGCCACCAUCGGGCCCAUCUCGGUGGGCAUCGACGCCACGAGGCCCAACUUUCGUUUUUGGCGGAGCGGAGUGUACAACGACCCAGGCUGCUCCCAGCAUGUGAACCACGGGGUGUUGGCUGUGGGCUACGGGUCUCAGAGCGGGAUGGACUACUGGCUGGUGAAGAACAGCUGGGGAACGUCUUUCGGAGAACAAGGCUACAUCAAGAUGUCGCGCAACAAGAACGACCAGUGUGGCAUCGCCAAGUACUGCAGCUAUCCCAUCAUGUAGCAGCACGGAGAGACAAAGAAAUCUUUAAUAAUCAAACUCAAUUCUUUGUUCUGUGCCAAUUUUUUAAUGAAAAUGUUUUUACAGUAAGAGCCACUAAUGGGAAAGUGAUACUAAAAGUACCAGCACUCUUUGGUGUAUUCUUACAUAAACAUAUCUCCAGGUGGAAUUUAAAAGUUUUCCUCUAAACACCUCAUCCCUGGAACUCACUGUCUUGUGUUUGUGUGAUUUUUAAAUCUGUAAUAAUCAAAUGUAGGUACUCGCUGCUGAGGCUCAGACAGGUUUGGAUCCAUAUGUAGGUUUAGUCUCAGUAAACAUCACGUCUGUGCCCCGACGCAGUCGAGGUGAAGAAGUGAUUUUUGCUCCAGCAGCUGUUAACCUGCCAUAAAAGCCGUCUGAAAGGAAACCAUUGACGUGGGAAAUUGGUGUGUUGGACAAUUUAGCUUUUACAUGUUACCAGGGAUCGUCCAAUUCAAUGGUAGAGAACAAACCUCCUUCUGGUGUUUUCAUUUCCCACUGACCCCAAAUAUUCAACUUUACCAAGUCUCCAGUUAACUUUAGUUGUAUGUCUGUGGACUGUGGGAGGAAGUUGGAUGAAGUCUCGCUUCGGGGUGAACAUGCAAACUCGACACUAUUAACUGCUGCCCGACAGAUUCCAAUUUUAUGGAAACUGCAUUUUCGGUAACACAAACCUCGAGUCCUUCGAUGAUGCGUUUAUCUUCUGUUUAAUCCAAUCAAAAAGUGAUGACAAGUGGUUUGACAACACAAUGAUAGUCUGGAUGGUUUCUUUGUUUGCUGCAGUGAACCUUUAAGACGUUGUAGCAGUUCUGAGUCUUAAUGCUAAGCUAACUGGCUUCUGGCUUUAAUUUCAUAUACUUUCUUUCUGCAACUAAUGAGCAGGUUUCCUCCAAUGUUUAACCGCUGUAAAGAAAGACAGUGAAAUGGGUUUUGACAAUAAUUAAACUGUUGAAACAUUAA